AUGGCAGGCUCUCACUGCAGGCCAGAGCUUUUUCAGCUGCAGAAUAGCCCACAAACAGUUAAGGAGCGUGGCCAGUGGGCUAACAAAAAGGAGUUUAUUCUGACUGUGGCUGGUGCUAUUAUUGGACUUGGAAAUGUGUGGAGGUUUCCAUACCUCUGCUACAAGAAUGGUGGUGGUGCUUUCCUGAUUCCCUAUGCCCUGUUCCUCGGGACCUGUGGCAUCCCUUCCUUUGUCCUGGAGACAGCACUGGGUCAGUACACAAGUCAGGGGGGCAUCACAUGCUGGAGGAAGAUCUGCCCCUUGUUUGAAGGCAUGGGAUACGCCAGCCAAAUAAUAAUUUUUUAUGGAACUAUCAGCUACAUUGUGAUUCUAGCGUGGGCUUUUCUCUACUUUUUUUCUUCCUUCUCUGCCACGUUGCCAUGGGCAACAUGCAAUAACUCGUGGAACACAGAUGCUUGUGUGGUAUUAAACAACCAUAAUGCCACUGCUAACUGGACCUUGCCUUUGAAUGCCACAUCAUCUGUUAUAGAGUUUUGGCAACGACGGGUGCUGAAUAUUUCAAGUGGCAUAGAAGCGCUGGGAGGUAUACAAGGGGACCUUUCUCUGUGCCUGUUGCUGUCAUGGAUUAUCUGCUACUUCUGUGUUUGGAAGGGAGUAAAAUCCACUGGAAAGGCUGCCUACUUCACAGUCACGUUUCCCUACAUCAUGUUAGUGGUGCUGCUGAUCCGAGGACUGACCCUACCUGGAGCCUCACACGGCGUCCAUUUCUACAUAUACCCCAAUGCGUCACGGCUAGCUGAUCCACAGGUUUGGAUUGAUGCUGGGACCCAAAUAUUUUAUUCCUAUGCCAUAUGCUUGGGAUACCUUUCUACCCUUGGGAGCUAUAACAAGUACAACAACAACUGUUACAAAGACUCCUUCAUACUUUGCUUGAUGAAUAGCGGGACCAGCUUUGUAUCUGGCUUUGCCAUUUUCUCAAUUUUGGGCUAUAUGUCACAAAAACAAGGUGUCAACAUUUCUGCAGUUGCUGAGUCAGGUCCUGGCCUCGUGUUCAUUGUAUAUCCACAGGCAGUGACACUUCUCCCCUGGUCUCAGUUGUGGGCAGUAUGCUUCUUCACUAUGAUCAUCUUGCUAGGAAUAGACAGUCAGUUUGCUGGGCUUGAGAGCAUCAUGACUAAUAUAACAGAUGUUUGCUCGCCGGUCCGUAAAGGAUAUCGCAGAGAGCUUGUGCUGAUGCUUAUCUGUGCUGUGUGCUAUCUGCUUGGCCUGCUUAUGGUGUCUGAGGGUGGCUUAUACAUUCUCCAGCUCUUUGAUCACUAUGUGUGCAGUGGUCCCACUCUACUUCUGCUGUCAAUCAGCCAGUCAAUCAUUAUCGGAUGGAUAUAUGGUGCUGAGCGGUUCCGUGAGAACAUUGAGGACAUGAUUGGUUAUAAGCCUUCAUCACUGAUAAAGUACUGUUGGCUCUAUGCCACCCCUCUUAUUUGCACUGGAACGCUUGUAUUUUCAGUCCUGAGGUACAGCCCUCUGAAGUUCAACAACAAUUACCUGUAUCCUUGGUGGGCAUACUGGAUUGGCAGGUUUCUGGCCAUGUCGUCUCUUGUUAUGAUUCCAAUAACCAUGAUUUUCAAAUUGGCCCAAGGAAAAGGGAAUCUCUGGCAGCGCAUUAAGACAAGCUGUCAACCUGCAAAAGACCUUCCAAUGAUGGCAAGGGAAAUGGCACACCUAAAUGCCUUAACACAUGUCCCUAACAAUGGCAAUAUUCUCUGA